UAAGGCGUGUGCGGAGGCGGCGGGCGGAGCGGCCCAUGGCGGCGGCGGCGGGAGCAGCAGCGCGGUGCCUGCGGGGCGCCCGGCGCCUCCUGCCCGCGGGCGCACGGCGGGAGAGCUGCGAGCUGGCCCGGCUGGCGGGGCCCGUGUUUGUCGCCCAGCUGCUGGGGUUCCUGAUCAGCGUGGUCAGCUCCAUCUUCUGUGGCCACCUGGGGAAAGCUGAGCUGGAUGCUGUGACGCUGGCCGUGUCCGUUAUCAACGUGACGGGCAUCUCCAUCGGCUCUGGUUUAGCCUCAGCAUGCGACACGCUGAUGUCCCAGACGUACGGUGGCAAGAACCUGAAGCAGGUGGGCACCAUCCUGCAGCAAGGGAUCCUCAUCCUGCUGCUGUGCUGCUUCCCAUGCUGGGCGCUCUUCGUCAACACCGAGCAGAUUCUCCUGCUUCUCCAACAGGACCCUGAGGUCUCCAGGUUAACCCAGAUCUACGUGAUGAUUUUUAUCCCAGCGCUUCCUGCGGCGUUUCUGUACCAGCUGCAGACAAGAUAUUUGCUAAAUCAGGCGAUCAUUUUGCCUCAGAUUUUGACAGGGAUCGCAGCCAACAUCCUCAAUGUGGCCAUGAACGCCUUGUUCCUGUACGCGCUGAAGCUGGGCGUGGUGGGCUCUGCCUGGGCCAACACUGUUUCUCAGUACACCCAGGCCAUUCUCCUCUUCCUUUAUGUGUGGUGGAAGAAGAUCCAUGUAGAGACCUGGGGAGGCUGGACCAGGGACUGUCUCCUGGACUGGGGUUCCUUCAUCCGGCUGGCGGUACCCGGCAUGCUUAUGAUGUGUAUUGAGUGGUGGACCUUUGAGAUUGGGAGCUUCUUGGCAGGGCUGCUCAGUGUGGUGGAGCUGGGCGCACAGUCUGUCAUCUACGAGCUCUCCUCUGCGGCGUACAUGGUGCCUCUGGGCUUCAGCGUGGCCGUGAGUGUCAGAGUGGGCAAUGCCUUGGGAUCAGGGGACAUGGUGCAAGCCAAGACCGCCUGCAUCACCGCGCUGCUGUGUGCAGAAGUUUUUGCUGUGGUAGUUGCAACGUUACUGGGAACCCUAAAGGGCAUGGUGGGAUACAUCUUCACCAAUGACAAGGAGAUCGUGAUCCUCGUGUCCAAAGUGGUGACCAUCUUUGCUCCAUUCCACUUGUUUGAUGCAGCAGCAGCGACCUGUGGCGGUGUGUUGCGGGGCACAGGGAAGCAGAAGAUGGGUGCUAUCGCCAACGCUGUCGGCUAUUACGCCAUCGGCCUCCCCAUUGGCAUCUCCCUGAUGUUUGCAGCCGAGAUGGGGGUGCUGGGUCUGUGGGUAGGGAUGGUCGUUUGCAUCUCUCUGCAAGCCCUGUCCUUCUUGACUUUUGUCGUGCGCAUUGAUUGGAAGAAAGCUGCAGAUGAGGCUCAAGUGCGAGCUGGGCUGAAAAAACAGCUGGAAGACGUGAACUCCAAUGGCACAGCUGCUACCAAAACAUCUGCUGUGGAUUACGUCUCGGUUGACACGGACACCACAGACACCACGGUUCUACCCGCGAGCAUGGCGGGGGGCGAGAGGCAAUCUGAUGUCCAGCUCAUCACGCAGGAGGAGCCCGUUGUCGUCCCUGUUGCUCCCGUUGUGCCAUGGAGGGCCCUGAUCAUCCGCCGCGCUCUGGCUGCUGCCGCCGCCGUGGCUGUCCUGCUGCUGGGCGUACUGGUGCGGGUCCUGAGCAGCAGUCGGUAGAGCCAGUGGCACCGGGGAGCUGCGCGCAGAGCAGGACAUGUGUGGUGAUGUCCCAGGAGAACGGUGCGGGGGAAGGAAUUCCCCCUCGGGUCCUUGGAAAGAGUCACUUUGCUCGGUUUUUGGUUAGCUCACAAUGUUUUAUCCCACACGCAGAGUUCGUAAAGGGGGUGAGGAUGCAGCACUUGGGAAGAAAGUGCUUGAGAGUUGGUCCGUCUCCUGCACUGGGAUGUCACUUGUGUCCUGGGACUGGCCCGGGAAGGAGACAGGGACCUUGUGCUGCUAUCUUGCUGCCUGGGGGUGUUUGUCCAUGUCGUUUGCUAAUGGCAGAGGCUCGUGCUGCCCACAGCACAUUUCCUCACGCACCAGUCUGUGCCAGUAUCUCAGUGUGGCAGAGCCCACUGGUUACUGCUGUGACAACGCAGAGAAAUGCCAGUUUUGCCAGGAGAUGGCCGGCUGCUCUGCCUGCACUGGGUGUUGGGUGCUGGCCCUGCUCUCCCUGCAGCGUGGCAGGCGCAGGGCCUAAAGCAAUUCUUUGCACUUUCGUAGGGUGGGAUUUUUGAUACAAUAAAGUUUUCUGAGUAAA